AUGGAGACUGACGCGCCCCAGCCCGGCCUCGCCUCCCCGGACUCGCCGCACGACCCCUGCAAGAUGUUCAUCGGAGGACUCAGUUGGCAGACUACGCAGGAAGGGCUGCGCGAAUACUUCGGCCAGUUCGGGGAGGUGAAGGAGUGUCUGGUGAUGCGGGACCCCCUGACCAAGAGAUCCAGGGGUUUCGGCUUCGUCACUUUCAUGGACCAGGCGGGGGUGGAUAAAGUCCUGGCGCAGUCGCGGCACGAGCUCGACUCCAAAACAAUUGAUCCCAAGGUGGCCUUUCCUCGGCGAGCACAGCCUAAGAUGGUGACUCGAACGAAGAAGAUCUUUGUUGGGGGCCUAUCAGUAAACACCACGGUGGAGGAUGUGAAGCAGUAUUUUGAGCAGUUCGGGAAGGUGGAUGAUGCCAUGCUGAUGUUUGACAAAACCACCAACCGGCACCGAGGGUUCGGCUUUGUCACAUUCGAGAGUGAGGACAUCGUGGAGAAAGUGUGUGAAAUCCACUUCCAUGAAAUCAACAACAAAAUGGUGGAAUGUAAGAAAGCUCAGCCAAAAGAGGUGAUGUCACCAACGGGCUCGGCCCGGGGGAGGUCUCGAGUCAUGCCCUACGGGAUGGAUGCCUUCAUGCUGGGCAUCGGCAUGCUGGGUUACCCUGGUUUCCAAGCCACGACCUAUGCCAGCCGGAGUUAUACAGGCCUCGCCCCCGGCUACACCUACCAGUUCCCUGAAUUCCGUGUAGAGCGGACCCCUCUCCCGAGCGCCCCAGUCCUCCCCGAGCUUACAGCCAUUCCCCUCACAGCUUAUGGACCCAUGGCGGCGGCGGCAGCAGCAGCAGCUGUGGUUCGAGGGACAGGUUCGACUCCCAGCCGCACAGGGGGCUUCCUGGGGACCACCAGCCCCGGCCCCAUGGCCGAGCUCUACGGAGCAGCCAAUCAGGACUCGGGGGUCAGCAGUUACAUCAGCGCUGCCAGCCCCGCCCCCAGCACUGGCUUCGGCCACAGUCUUGGGGGCCCCUUGAUUGCCACAGCUUUCACCAAUGGGUACCACUGAAGCAGGAAACAGGUGGCAGGAGCGCCCUGGCCUGCAGCUGACUGAGGACCACGAGUGAGCCAGCGAGGGGGCGGGGACACCUCAGCCGCAGCC